GUUGGCAUUCUGUCAGCACAGCUGUUAGCCUUACUUCGUGAAUUAUUGAACAUAUUCUUCUACCGCACGGAGCAAUUUCAUACGUCUUUCAAACUUCGCUUCUCCUCAGUUGCCGAACGCAAAGUAGCAAAUAAUAUAAUAGACGACAUACGUUAUGCGUGACAGGUCAGAGAGGCGCCUAUUAGGCGCCCUCUUUCCGUUGGCACUGCUAGCUUUUGCCAGCGCAUACUACGUGCCUGGCACUUACCCAGCGGAGUUCAAAGUUGGAGAACCCCUGCAAGUUCAUGUCAGUACUUUGACAUCGUUUGAUACGGAGCUGCCCUAUGAGUACUACACGAUGCCUUUCUGCAAGCCUGCGGAGGGCGUGCACCGGAUUGCCAACGCUGCGAACCCGGGGACCAUCUUGGAAGGCAUCCGGAUAGAGAACUCGCCAUACAACUUUUCUAUGAAGGUCAAGCAAACGGGCCUUAAGGCCUGUCCAAAGGGGUCGUAUGGGCCGCUUACAGGCCAUGAGGUCAAGACCCUUCAGCGGCUGAUUGACCAGCACUACCGGGUCAACCUCAUCUUGGACAACCUGCCGGUCACCGUGUACGACCUGCUGGAUGAGAAGAACGAGUUCCUGCGUCCGGGCUUCGAGCUGGGCUUCAAGCGCGACGGCAAGUACUACAUCCACAACCACCUCGUCUUCAACGUGCUCGUCUACAUGACGCACGGGGAGUACACCGCGGCUCGCGACUCCUACGCCAAGUCCCUCACCGUGGACUCCCUGGACACCCGCCACCACCGCCACCUGCUCCGGAACCCCCACCAGAACAGCCGGGCCCUGCUGGGAGGCGACUCGGAGGCUGCCUCCGCCGCCGCUACUGCCACUGCCAGUGCAGAGGGUGCGGAUGGUACGGCAGCGGCGAGUACGGCAGAGGCGGGCAACCCGCCGUACUACAUGGUGGUUGGGUUUGAGGUGUCGCCAUGCUCCAUCGCAAGGAAGGCAGGCGCGGAGAUUGAGGAUAUCGUGUGCGGCGUGGAUGAUAAUUCGCACAUCACGCCUCAGGAGAUCAAGGAGGGCGCCAACAUCGUGUACACGUACGACGUGUAUUGGCAGGACAGCAAGAUCAAGUGGGCCUCGCGUUGGGAUGCGUACCUGCGCAUGCCGGGCGGCAAGGCGGACCUUGCGACCUACACCACGCAGCUUGAGCGGGCACGGGCGGACGCCUCGUCCCUGACAGCCAAGGUGCUGGAACGGGAGCAGGCGCUAGCGUCCUGCGAGCAUCAGCUGGAGCUAGAGCGGGGGAGCCUGGGAGCACAGCUGCGUGCGGCAGAGGACAAGCUGGCCGUCAAGGCGCAACAGCUUGCUGCCUUGGAGGACGAACUGCAGAGUCGAGAGCAGGAGCUGCGGACCACUCGCGCGCAGCUGCAGGUCGCGCAGCGCUCCCUCUUGACGCUCCAGGCCGAGGGUGAGGCGCACCUUGAGUCCGCCAACACCACAGCGGCGGAUCUGGCGGCGUCGCAGCAGCAGGUGGAGGCGCUGCAGGCCGAGCUUUGGGAGUUGCGGCAUCAGAGCGCCAAUGCCAGGACGGAGGCUCAGCAGCUGACUGAGCAGAUGCUGCCGCUGCAGGAGCAGCUGGGCCGGUCGGAGGGCCAGGUUGCACAACUGCUUGUGGUCGUCCGCGGCGCCCUUGCUGCUGGCGCCGCCUCAGCCCAUCAGCAGCUGCAGACCAGCGCUGGCGGGACUCUUGCAGACUUCCCAGAAGCCUCCUUCGGAGGGGCGCCUGCUGCAGCUCCUGGCCCCUUGCCAACCUCCCUUCGUUUGCUGGAGGAGCUCACCUCGGUGUUGGUGGAGGAGCUGCAACGGCGCGGGGCUGUCAUGGGCAGGCUCGAGGGCGAGGUGGCGGGGCUGCAGGGGCAGCUGACAGCACGAGAGGAGGACGUGAGGCGCCUGGAGGCGCGGCUAAAGUCCGCGCAGGACGGUCUGGCUGCCCGGCUGGACGACGUGUCCCGACUGCAGACGGCGCUGCGCCGCAAGGAGGCGGACUGCGAGGCGGUAGAGACAGAGAUCUCGGCGCAGAUCGCGGACUACCAGCGGCUCAAGCAGCGGCUGUUGCAGCAGGAGCGCGACAGCAGCCGGCUGUCUGCUGACCAAGAGGCGCUGUUGCGUCGCUGCGACGAGUUGGAGGGAGCGCUGGCUGCCAAGCAGGAGGAGUGCGCGCUGCUCAACAAGAAGUGCGCGCAGCUGGAGGAGCAGUGGCAGGCGGG